CCCCCCCCCCCACCGAGUUUGUUGUUAAAUCAUAAAGAACGACAGUCGGAGGGUCGGCGUUGACGCCGCCGUUCGCCGAAAGUUGGUGCCGGUGCCGCUCCCGCUGGGAGAGGGGGGAGGCGAAGCGGCGAAAUGUACAUUAAACAGGUGAUUAUCCAGGGUUUCCGCAGCUACAGGGAUCAAACAAUUGUUGAUCCUUUCAGCUCCAAACAUAAUGUUAUAGUUGGUCGAAAUGGCUCUGGGAAAAGUAACUUUUUCUAUGCAAUUCAGUUUGUGCUUAGUGAUGAGUUCAGCCACCUUCGCCCUGAGCAGAGACUUGCUCUUCUGCAUGAAGGAACUGGACCUCGUGUUAUUUCUGCAUUUGUUGAAAUAAUAUUUGACAAUUCAGACAAUAGAUUGCCUAUUGACAAAGAGGAGGUUUCUCUCCGCCGUGUCAUUGGAGCAAAGAAGGAUCAGUAUUUUUUAGACAAGAAAAUGGUGACGAAAAAUGAUGUCAUGAAUCUUUUGGAAAGCGCUGGGUUUUCCAGAAGCAAUCCUUACUACAUUGUCAAGCAAGGAAAGAUUAAUCAGAUGGCCACAGCUCCAGAUUCUCAGCGACUGAAACUUCUGCGAGAAGUUGCUGGUACCAGAGUAUAUGAUGAACGUAAAGAGGAGAGUAUUAAUCUUAUGAAGGAAACUGAGGGGAAGAGAGAAAAGAUUAAUGAAUUGUUGAAAUAUAUUGAGGAGCGUCUGCAUACACUGGAAGAUGAGAAGGAAGAGUUAGCGCAGUAUCAGAAAUGGGAUAAGAUGAGAAGAGCACUUGAGUAUACUAUCUACAAUCAGGAACUGAAUGAGACUCGUGCUAAACUUGAUGAGCUUUCUGCAAAACGGGAGACCAGUGGAGAGAAGUCGAGGCAACUACGUGAUGCGCAGCAGGAAGCCAGAGAUAAAAUGGAGGAUAUAGAGCGACUGGCACGUGAACUGAAAGCAAAAAUCUUAUCCAUGAAGGAAGAGAAAGAGCAGCUAAGUGCUGAACGACAAGAGCAGAUUAAACAGAGGACUAAACUCGAGUUAAAAGCAAAGGAUCUACAGGAUGAAAUGGCUGGAAACAGUGAACAAAGAAAACGUCUCUUGAAGGAAAGGCAGAAGCUAUUAGAAAAGAUAGAAGAGAAGCAAAAAGAACUUGCAGAAACAGAACCAAAAUUCAGUGCUGUCAAAGAAAAAGAAGAAAAUGGGAUUGCAAGGUUGGCACAGGCCACCCAGGAAAGGACAGAUUUGUAUGCUAAGCAGGGUCGAGGCAGUCAGUUUACGUCAAAAGAGGAGAGAGAUAAAUGGAUCAAGAAAGAGCUGAAAUCACUCGAUCAAGCUAUCAAUGAUAAAAAACGACAAAUUGCUGCAAUAACCAAAGACCUGGAGGAUACAGAAGCCAAUAAAGAGAGAAAUUUGGAGCAGUACACUAAACUUGAUCAGGAUCUGGCUGAAGUAAAAGCACGAGUGGAGGAUCUUGACAAGAAGUACUAUGAAGUGAAAAACAGGAAGGAUGAGCUGCAAAGUGAAAGGAAUUACCUGUGGCGGGAAGAAAAUGCUGAGCAGCAAGCAUUGGCAGCAAAACGAGAAGAGUUGGAAAAGAAACAACAGCUUCUUCGAGGUGCGACAGGAAAGGCCAUUUUGAAUGGUAUCGAUAGUAUUAACAAAGUCUUGGAACAUUUUGGUCGUAAGGGCAUCAACACACAUGUCAUAAAUGGAUAUCAUGGAAUUGUAAUGAAUAACUUUGAAUGUGAUCCAGCUUUUUACACCUGUGUGGAAGUCACUGCUGGAAACCGACUGUUUUAUCACAUUGUGGAAUCCGAUGAAGUUAGUACAAAGAUUUUGAUGGAAUUUAAUAAACAGAACUUCCCUGGCGAGGUCACUUUCCUUCCACUCAACAAACUGGAUGUGCGAGACACAGCUUAUCCUGAAACCAAUGAUGCUAUUCCCAUGAUAAGUAAACUCAGAUACAUACAGAGAUUUGAUAAAGCUUAUAAACAUGUGUUUGGAAAAACACUAAUAUGUCGUAGUAUGGAGGUAUCCACUCAGCUAGCCAGAGCAUUUAAUAUGGAUUGCAUAACUUUGGAAGGUGACCAGGUUAGUCAUCGCGGUGCAUUAACUGGUGGCUAUUAUGAUACUCGAAAAUCAAGACUUGAGCUUCAGAAGGAUGCACGAAAAGCAGAGGAAGAGUUGACUGAACUGGAAGCAAAGCUGAAUGAAAAUCUCCGCAGAAACAUUGAGAAGAUUAAUAAUGAGAUUGACCAAUUGAUGAACCAAAUGCAGCAGAUUGAAACACAACAGAGGAAGUUUAAGGCAUCACGAGAUAGCAUUCUGUCGGAGAUGAAGAUGUUGAAAGAGAAGAGGCAGCAGUCUGAGAAAACCUUCAUGCCUAAGCAACGGAGUUUGCAAAGUUUGGAGGCCAGUUUGCACGCUAUGGAGUCAACACGGGAAUCCCUAAAAGCUGAGCUUGGUACAGACCUGCUCUCGCAGCUUAGCCUGGAUGAUCAAAAAAGAGUUGAUGCACUCAACGAUGAGAUCCGACAGCUCCAACAGGAUAACCGACAGCUAUUAAAUGAACGAAUUAAGUUGGAAGGUAUAAUGACCAGACUGGAGACUUACCUCAGUGAAAAUUUAAGAAAGCGCUUGGACCAGGUUGAGCAGGAGUUAAAUGACCUGAGAGAAACUGAGGGCAAUACUGUUCUAAAUGCCACAACUUCUGAACUAGAGAACAUUAAUAAGCGUGUGAGAGAGACCACAGCACGUGCAGAAGAACUGGACAGUUUGAUAGACAAAAUAGAAGCAGAAACUAAAGAUCGGCAGAAAAGCAUGGACCGCUGGAAAACCAUGGAGAAAGAUCACAUGGAAGCCAUCAACCAUGACACCAAGGAGCUAGAGAAGAUGACAAAUCGACAGGGUAUGCUGCUUAAGAAGAAAGAGGAAUGCAUGAAGAAAAUCAGAGAAUUGGGCUCAUUGCCACAAGAGGCCUUUGAAAAAUACCAAACAUUGAGUCUCAAACAGCUGUUCCGGAAGUUGGAACAGUGUAAUCAGGAGUUGAAAAAGUACAGCCACGUCAACAAGAAAGCCUUGGACCAGUUUGUGAAUUUCUCCGAACAGAAGGAGAAACUUAUGAAGCGCCAGGAGGAGCUCGACCGUGGCCACAAAUCCAUCAUGGAACUUAUGAACGUAUUGGAGUUGAGAAAGUAUGAAGCCAUACAGCUUACCUUCAAACAGGUGUCUAAGAAUUUCAGUGAGGUAUUCACAAAGUUAGUGCCAGGUGGUAAAGCAUCACUGGUUAUGAAGAAAGGCGAUGUGGAAGGAAGCCAGUCGCAGGAUGAGGGUGAAGGUAGCGCGUCUCAGAGCAGCGUUCCAUCUGUUGACCAAUUCACAGGAGUUGGAAUUCGGGUGUCUUUUACAGGGAAACAAGGAGAAAUGAGAGAAAUGCAACAACUUUCUGGGGGUCAGAAAUCCCUAGUGGCACUCGCUUUAAUCUUUGCAAUUCAAAAAUGUGACCCAGCUCCCUUUUACCUCUUUGACGAAAUUGACCAGGCACUGGAUGCUCAGCACAGAAAAGCUGUUUCAGAUAUGAUUUCUGAACUCUCUGCACAUGCCCAGUUCAUUACCACCACAUUCAGGCCAGAAUUGCUUGAAUCAGCAGACAAGUUUUAUGGAGUGAAGUUCAGGAAUAAGGUCAGUCACAUUGAUGUGAUCACAGCUGAACAAGCUAAAGAUUUUGUGGAAGAUGAUACUACACAUGGAUAAAGAUGCGAGAACUUGGUUUCCAGUUGAUAAAAAUGUGAGAACUUGACUUCCAGUUGAUUGACCUUAAGUUGUACACUUUUUAUCUGCAGAUGUGAAUUAUGCAAAUAGUGCACAUAUUCAUCGUACUAGACUCUAGAUGGUGACUGCAUUUCAUACGGUCAAUUUUGGAGCUAUUCUUAAUCCUGCCUCUGAGGUUAAGCUGAGAUCAUUUUGGUUACAGAAUCCAUGGCAUUUAGGAAGUGACCAAUGCAGACAUAUUCCUCCCAGUAAAUUGUGCUUCUGUUAUAUCUUUGCUAUGUGUUUUUUAAGAAAAAAUCGGCUUCAGAUAUCUUUCACACACCGCUGAACUAUGCUCGUGGUUUUGUAAAGUUCCUAGUUGCUGUUUUUAUGCUCUUUGUAAUUGCCAUUGCAAUAAAUAGCUUUUCUUAAUGUAAUUUUAUUAUUUCCUUUCUGUUACAUUUCAUUGUUUUAAAGAGUUGCAAUAAAAUGUUAGAGCAAUA